CCCCCCCCCCAAACAAAGGAAAAAAAAAAGAAAAAGGGAAAAGUAAAAGUUUUAUAGAAUUACAGACCAACUUCAUCAAGUACCCUGAGAACUAGCAUAGUGGAUUUAGCUUAUUUGGUGUUCGAUAUAAUAGUGGCUGUUGCUUCAGCUAUUCAUCUUCUUGCUGUCGAUAAAGGGUCGGGCGGGAGGAAACAGAAAGACGUGCAACCAUGACAGAUACUGUCGGAUACAUCACGUGCUUUGGAUACAUCACGUGCUAUCAUCUCUUACACAUAAUAAGACAUAUAUUAUGCGCGUGGAUGCAAGAGCAGAUGCCUCUUACAACAUUUUGUUAUGAUAGCCUAUCGUAAUUCUAGGAUCAUACUAUUCCAUAGAUCUUGCACAAUCAUCUACAUCGAUUAAGAUAUGGCUUCACGCGGAUGGCCACGCGGAAGUCUGUUUGCAUAUUUAUAUUAUCACCAGGAGCAGGAAAUGGAGAUUGAAGCAUUAGAAGCCAUACUUAUGGAUGAAUUUAAAGAAAUUCACCCAGGUGAAAGUGGGUUGAACACUUCCAACAGGUGCUUUCAGAUUCUCAUAUCUCCUCGGGAUGAUGACGGAGAUGAGUCUAAUCCUCCAGCACAGCUGGCUUUGAUCUUUGCACACACUGAUAAUUAUCCGGAUGAACCCCCUCUUUUGAAUGUAACAAGUAUAAGAGGAGUCCAUAGUGGAGAUGUCGCUGCUCUAAAGCAAAAACUUGAAGAGGAGGUUUCUUUGAAUCUUGGAAUGGCUAUGAUUUACACAUUAGUUACAUCAGCCAAGGAUUGGCUAUCUGAUAGAUUUGCUCAAGAUGGUGCUGACGAUGUUGUAGAAGAUGAGGCUGCUAAAGAUGAGGUUAUUGUGCCUCACGGUGAGCCUGUCACUGUUGAUACAUUUAUGGCUUGGAGAGAAAGAUUUGAAGCUGAAUUAGCUCUGGAAAGAGCCAAGCUAAUGCCUGACGCAGCACUUGCAGCACCAAAGGACAAGAAGCUUACAGGCAGACAGUGGUUUGAAAGUGGACGUGCUGCCUCGGUACGAUUCUUUGCUUUUUGUACCUCACUGAAAUGUGUUUUCUGAUUUACAUCUUUACUAGUUAGUCCUUAGGCAUCAACCAAAUCCAUGGAAGUCCCUCAUGUUAAAUUCAAGCAAGCAUUCCCAACUCGAUACAUUUAUAAGAGUUUUUUGAAUGAGCUAGUUAAUCUAGGUACCGUAUCCUAAGUUGAAGAAGGCAUUUGCUAUCGUGAUAUGUGAUUUCUGAUGUAGUUCCCUUGCAUGUUGCAAAAUCUUAUCACAAUCACUUUCCAUAAACAUCAGUUCAAAGUCUACCACCUGUACUUAAUUUUAUAUACUACUAAGUUUAUGCUGAGAGGGAUCCCUUGUCAUUCUGACUCAACGUGGAGUACCGGAGUCUUCUGAAAAGAGUUGAUGCACUACUCAAUACUGUUAACUAUUAUUAAUUUUGGCAUCCUUAUUAAAUACUUUUGGGAUGUACUCACCGGUUGCUUUUGCAUUAUAUCUUCUCCAUACAGUAGUUUGAAAACUUAUUGAACAACCCUUUCAUCUGAGUAGCCUUCUUUUAACUGUCACUUCAGAAAGGUGCGGCAACAGUUGAUGAAGAAUCUGAUGAAGAUGAAGAAGACAUCGACUUUGAUGACGAGGACUUUGAAGGUGUGUCUAUAAAAAUACUUCUUUUUUUUUUUAUUUGGUCUUUUUUCUCUGUUUUUCUCAUUUUUGCAUUGGGAGUCCUCCAAUCACUUGGCCCAUUUCAGAUGAUGAAGAAGAUAUGUUGGAGCAUUAUUUGGCUGAGAAAUCAGACACAUCAACUCAUUCUUCACGGAGAGCAAGUUAAUGAAAGUAGGGGCAGAAGAUAAGAUUUCACCAUCUUAUACGGAACAAGUUCUAAGUUAGAUGAGUGAAAGAUGUUGUAGUUGUGACAUUAAGCUGCUUGUAGACGUAUUUUGCGCCUUGAUCUGGGAAAUUUUGUACGUUUUGAGACGUAUUUUGAUGGUUCCCAGAAAAUGCUGGAGUAAACCGCAUUUUUCUUUUUUGGUAUGAACUUCAAAGUAUACCCUUUAUAUUAGCACCCUUAUUUCAUUGGAUCCGUUAAUAUUUUUGCCUGCUACUCCUCCCGUAGAGCUUCCUUUUGAUUGUGAUUCAUUGAAAUAUGGCAUAUCACUUAAAGUUUUCAAGCAUCACACACACAAGAAAAAAAACCACGAUAGAAAACCACCAUUCAUUAAAUUAUUUGCUUUGAGCCUAAGAUGACAAACAUUGAUUCCUUGGGGAGAUUAGAUCUUUUCAUUCUCCUGCAGAAAACUCUACAAAUUUGUCAAAGCUCUUAGACUACAUUUAUUAUCAUCAUAUUGAUCAACAUUUAACUGUGAGUUAAUCAUUGUAUGCAUCAGAAAUCAUAGUAUCCUGAGCCGGUGCUGUUGAACCCUGUCGAGAAGCUUUGCCGUUUGUACAGGAGACAAAUGGAAGCCUAUGGCAUCCAAGUACCACCCACACCUUCCUUUGAAUCCAACAAUUUGGCCACCUUCAACAGGUAGAGAAAAUGGCGUUCCUUUUUCAGCUCCAUAGGGUCCAUAUAUCCUUUUGUUGCUCUUAAACGUGAGUGAUCGGAUCACGGGGCUCAUACCAUGAACCACUGGUGCUAUAUAACCACUCACACAUAUCAAAAUUUCUUCUGGAAAUUGUAGCUUGAU